AGCGGUCGCUCGUGCGUGCCACGUCUCACAGGUACGACAAAGAAAAAAGAGAAAGAUAAAAAGAAAAGAGCAGCGACUGGUCGGGCGCGUUCUCUUCCCCGGGCGGACCUAGGGUUGCCGCCGUCGCCGCCGUCCGCACAUCCCAUGCUCCCAGCUCCGCCAGCGCCCGCUCCUCCGUCGAGAGGGCAGGAACAUGGUGGCGGCGACCGGUGGAGAGGGGGCGUCCGGGUCAAUGAGACGUUGUGGUACGAGGUGAAUCGGCGGCAAGCCCGGCGCCAGCGCUACGCGCCGCCUCUCCGACUCCUCACUCCGUCCUCGUCCACAAUGGCCGCUGCCGCCCUCACCUGCGCUCGUGCCCUCUUCAUCUCCGGCCGUGAGCUCCAUCCCGUCCAACCUCAUCUUCCCGGAUCUUCUUGGUUUUGGUCCGGGAGCAUACGGGUGCGGAUCAAAGCGUUGAUGGACAGGUUCGUGAAGGAGUUGCAGAAGGCGCUGGACGCGGACAUCCAGGAUCGCAUCAUGAAGGAGCGGGAGAUGCCAGCUACAUCAGGAACGCAAACGCGAGGUCGCCGAGAGGGAGGCCGUUUGGAAGGCCGAGCUCUCCCGCCGCGAGAUGGCAACUUCUUUGGGGUUGUGUCAGCAAGCUUUAUUCAACUUCUUUGGAAUGUCGUAGGAUAAUUGCCAUGAUUUAGCUUUAGAUUCCCACAUGUUUCUUGAUCUGAGUGUAUGCUCAUGUGGUAGUUAAUUAUUUGGUUCCAUGACGAGGAAUAUGGAGAUCAAGUUGCACACUAUCAAGAGGCCUUCUCCAGAGGUAUUCUACAAGUUAUCGGAAUAGAUCCUCUUCAUUCCCUGUACCUUGCAGCAUCUCCAUCUAAGGCUGGAGUUCUGCACCUACCUACCUGUUGGUGUAAUAAAUUCCAACUAUGAAACUAAGCAUCAAUUUAUGUCCUACACAUAGUGUUGGCAGUGUGUCAUUGGUGCUUAUGUUAAUUGUUGGGUAGAUGUUCA